AGCGUUUCAAUCCAGCCGCGCGGCCGCAGCGACCCCAACAACCCUCACAAUCCUGACCAGCCUCCGCCGCCGCCUCCUUUUAUUUCCCUGACUCCUGAGGUUCCCCCGAUUACAAGAGUGGAUGCGGAGAAGCUCAAGCCGCCGCUAUGUCCGAGGCUUACUUCCGAGUGGAGUCGGGUGCGCUGGGGCCUGAGGAGAACUUCCUUUCCUUGGACGACAUCCUGAUGUCCCACGAGAAGCUCCCGGUGCGCACCGAGACCCCCAUACCUCGCCUCGGCACUUUCUUCCUGGAGCGGAGCGGAGGGGCCGAGACUGACAACGCGAUCCCUCAGGGCUCCAAGCUUGAACUCCCCUUGUGGCUGGCAAGAGGACUCUUUGACAACAAGCGGCGGAUCCUUUCUGUGGAACUUCCCAAGAUCUACCAGGAGGGUUGGCGGACCGUGUUCAGUGCAGACGCCAAUGUGGUGGACCUCCACAAAAUGGGGCCACAUUUCUACGGCUUUGGCUCCCAACUCCUACAUUUUGACAGCCCGGAGAAUGCAGACAUUUCCCAGUCUCUCCUGCAGACAUUUAUUGGACGUUUUCGCCGCAUCAUGGACUCCUCCCAGAAUGCUUACAAUGAAGACACUUCGGCACUGGUGGCCAGGCUAGACGAGAUGGAGAGGGGCUUGUUUCAAACAGGGCAGAAAGGACUGAAUGACUUUCAGUGCUGGGAGAAGGGGCAGGCUUCUCAGAUCACAGCUUCCAACCUCAUUCAGAACUACAAGAAGAGAAAAUUUACCAACAUGGAAGACUGAAGGCCAGAAGAACACAGAAUUGCUCCUUCUAGACCUGUCCCUGUGUGUCCUUGAUGAGAGCCUGGUUGACCUCAUAAAGGGCCAGAAUCAUGUCCCAUCUCAAGGCUUCUUUCCUGCAGCAGCCUCAGGCGUCGUACCAUCUGGUGGGAAAGAACGUGCUGGAAGAUGUCCCUGGCCCUGUAAGUCUUCU